UUCACUUCAUACCGGUGUGGCUUAUUACAUUCGUUAAUCUAAUCUUAUACGGAUCCCAAUGCUUUCAUUCUUCGUCGAAAAAAACUCUAUCAGUUUCUCACUGGAGCUGCUCCAGCACGAAUUACCAGGAGUGAAAAUUUAAAACAAGAAACUUAGUAAAAUGACCUCGGUAGAAGAACCGGGUAACAUCGUAUUCGGUGGUCCUAUGACCGUUCAAGAGGCAACAGGUUCCAGAUCCCUGGGUCAAUAUGUCCUAGACAAGUAUAAGAGCUUCGGUGACCGAACAGUGCUGGUGGAUGCCAUCAAAGGUGUGGAGUACUCGGCCAGCUUCAUGCACAAGUCCAUUGUCCGGUUGGCCUACAUUCUUCAGAAAUUGGGCGUAAAGCAGAACGAUGUGAUUGGUCUGUCCAGUGAGAAUAGUAUCAACUUCGCGCUGACCAUGUUCGCCGGAUUUGCAGUGGGGGCAACGGUGGCUCCUCUUAACGUGACCUACUCGGACCGCGAAGUCGAUCAUGCCAUCAACCUGUCCAAACCUAAGAUCAUAUUUGCCUCCAAGCUUACUUUAGAUAGAGUGGCCAAGGUGGCUAGCAAGAACAACUUCGUCAAAGGCAUUAUCGCCAUCAGCGGCAGCUCCAAGAACUUUAAGAAUAUCUAUGCCUUUAAUAAGUUAAUGGACAACUAUAAGUUCAAGACGCAAUCGGAGUUUACGUCCCCCCUGGCUAAUAAGGACGAGGAUAUGGCCUUGAUAGUGUGCUCGUCGGGAACCACGGGACUGCCCAAGGGCGUGCAGCUCACCCAGAGGAAUAUAAUGGCCACUCUCGACUCACAAAGUCAGCCCGCCUCAAUCGCUGUGCAGGAUGUUACUGUGCUGACCGUUAUUCCCUGGUUCCACGUCUUUGGCUGCCUUACGCUCAUCGGCACCACAUGUACGGGCGCCCGCCUGGUAUACCUUCCCAAAUUUGAUGAUAAACAGUUCUUGUCGGCGAUCGAGACGUAUCGAGUAAUGACGGCCUUCAUGGUUCCCCCACUGAUGGUUUUUUUGGCUAAACACCCCAUCGUGGACAAUUACGAUCUGUCGUCACUGAUGGUCCUGCGGUGCGGAGCUGCACCGCUUAGUCGCGAUACCGAGGAUCAAAUCAAGAAGCGUAUUGGAGUGCCUUGUAUCCGCCAGGGCUACGGACUGAGUGAGGCAACAUUGAGCUUGCUAGGGCAGAACGAUGACUUCUGCAAACCUGGAAGUGUGGGCGUGCUCAAGGUGGGCAUCUACGCCAAGGUCGUUGAUCCAGAUACUGGCAAGAUUCUAGGAGCCAACGAGCGGGGUGAGCUAUGUUUCAAGGGAGACGUCAUAAUGAAGGGAUAUAUUGGGGAUACCGAGUCUACACAGACGGCCAUUAAGGACGGAUGGCUACAUACUGGUGACAUUGGCUACUUCGACGUUGACUUCGAGUUCUUCAUCGUGGACCGUAUCAAGGAGCUGAUCAAGUACAAGGGAUUCCAGGUGCCGCCCGCCGAGAUUGAGGCUUUGCUGCUUACCCACGACAAGAUCAAGGAUGCGGCGGUCAUUGGUAAGCCAGACGAAGAGGCGGGAGAGCUGCCGCUGGCUUUCGUGGUGAAGCAAGCCAAUGUUCAGCUGACCGAGAAUGAUGUCAUCCAGUUUGUGAACGAGCACGCCUCGCCGGCCAAGCGGCUUAGGGGUGGCGUGAUCUUCGUGGACGAAAUUCCAAAGAACCCCAGCGGCAAGAUCCUGCGUCGCAUCCUGCGCAAUAUGCUCAAGAAACCAAAGUCCAAGUUGUAGGACGAUCGGAUCGCUUUAUUUCUUUUAGUUGUACGAUUUAUUAAUUGUUAAACCUUGUGUUAUCAACUAUAAUCAGCUUUGGGUUUGAAUAUGCUUUGGAUACAAUACACCCAUUUAUUAAUUAACACACAUAAAAAAGUGUAAUUAACCGCUAAUGAAAAUUUAAAUGUUCUCUUUGUUGUCAGAGGUAUCUGGUGCUCUUUUUAUAAUUUUUUUUCUGCCAACAAAAGUUUUAAAUCAACAAUAUAAUUAGAACAAAAUCUAGUUUACGAAGAUCAGCCGCUUUUACCAUUUUCCCAAGUAGAUGCAUUGUGGCGUCAUUGAUAUGGCAGGUUCAGUGGGAGGUAGCAAGAGUUUUACAAGCUCUUAUACAGCAAUAUUACAAAACUAAUCAGCUAAUUAACUUAAGUUACUCUCUGCACGUCUGGUUAAUGAAU